UUUUGCCACAUGUCCUAGCCGAGGAGCAUGAACGCCGUUACGGGGACCAAUCUAUUAUACUUUACCGGUGUCUACAUGUCGAGCAGUAGCUUCAAAGCCUGCCAAACUAACCGACUCUCCAAAACAACGGCUCGAACUUUAUCCCAGGUCCUGGAAUCCAUCAAUCUCCGAUCUUUACAAAAAUCCUGCAAGCAAGCUAGAGCCUAGUAUACACCACGAGUCCAGUCCAGUCCAGCGCCACUCCCCUAUCCAGACCGGCAUCGGAGCUCCCUCUCACGCCUCCACUUGAUGCUACGAGAGUGGACCCCCUUCACUUCCCGAGACGGAUGCCGGGCGGCAUAUCCGAGCAUCUCGACUCUGUCCUAUUUCGGAAAAUGAUCUUGAAUAUCCUUUCCUGUCUUGGGCUGACCGCUGUUGGGGUUAGUUAUGUGGGGCCCGCCUCUUACUCCACGUAUUUAUUGUUUGUAAUUUGUCGGUUGCGAGUUGAGAUUAAGGGGCUUGGGCAUACUUGAUUCUGCCUUGUCUGUUUCAGUUUUGAGAAGUGUGGAGAGAGAGGUUUUUGUGGGAUGUUGUCUGUUUAUGUGACCC